AUGGCACCUAAGUCACCUCACAGAAAGCCCCGCCGCAACGCCGGGCCUACUUCGCAGGGCUCCCCGCGCCCUCGGUCUUCGGGAUCUACCACUACCGGCUCUUCAUGCCCUCAGUCUCCUUGUUCAUCCGACUUUCAGGAACAGGAUGCAACUGGCCGGCCCAGUACUUCAUCCUCACGAUCUCCCUCUCCCGAAGCGUCGAGUGCUUCUAAUCCCGCUUCAUCCUCCUCUGGGCUUUCGACACCAUCAAUGGAGGAGCUUGAAACGUCUGAGAUCAAGGUUCAAGAUCCUUUCACCUCUCCGCUGAAGGAUGCAGAUGCAUCUCAUUCCGGGACUGAUAAAGCACCAGUCGAUGAUCAGCCAGAAGAUGAUGGAUAUGUGCAGGAAACAGUUUUCCUAAAUCACCUCAUAGUACUCUGGAGUUGGAUCCAGUUCAGUAUUAGGCACUGGAAGGUUGUUGUAUCUGUCCUGUUCACUACUGUCGCUGUUGCAAUCUGCAUUGGCAUUUGUUACCUUGACAAGGGCAAUGAUUUAGACCUCUAA